UUCCGUUUGCAGUUGCUGGCUCCACCUCCCCCAUUCUGCCCACAGGCAAGGACCGGGCAGGACCCGCUCUUCUCUGGGGACAUGAAGCAGAUCAGUAUGGACUGAAACCAGACCUUCUCAACCACAUCGUGCUCUGGGAUUGCUAUGGCUUCGGACAAUUUCCUCUGUUUGUAAAGACAAAUAUUAUGACGAACCCCCAAGUGCGGUCAGCCAGGUGUAGCCCCGGGUCCUGUGCUCACCACACGCGUCCCCAGCAGCCAGUGUGUCCCAGCAAACCCCAGACCUCGGGUCUAUUUUACCUGUCGAAAUCUCCGCAUGCAUCUUAGAAAACGGGGAUCCCUGGUGGGCGCGUGCCCCCCACACCAGCUCCAGCCUGCAAGGAUUCAGUGCGACUCCUUGGAAGGAGCAAGUGGUUAUGGACGGUGAGACGAGCCUGCUGGACACUCUGGACGCAUGGGCCAGGAGGCGUCUAGCUCCACGGGAGACCAGUACAUGCCCACUGGAGGCGACCUCCUGUGUGUGUUUACCAUCAACAACACCGUGUCCUUCAAGGACUUCCAGUACAGGUGAGCUGCUGGCUGGCCCUCGGGGGUCUCCCUGUCCCUCUUUCUCCUCAUGUUUUUCUGUCAAGGUCCUGGAUACGCCCGUGCCUGCAGCAUGACAACCAGUUCCCACCUUCUUCCUUGCAGGGAGCAGAUGGGACUGCAGGGAGUGAAGGAUUCCAGGGAAAGCUCGGGCUCCAGCGCCAGGACUCUCUGGGACACCCUGGGACCCCUGGGACCCAGCAGUCCCUAGUGCUGACGUGAGGACGCCUUCUAGAUGCUGGUGCGAGAGAGCCAGGGGCACAGGUUGGGAAAACGGAGCUCACCCAAGGACGGUGGCCCAGGCUGCAUGAGCUGCAAGUCCCCACCCUCCUGACGUCCCUUUCAGGCCAUCCUGGCAUCCCCAAAGGCCCUCUUGUGCCCCAGAAGCACAGGCAAGGGCAGGGAGGUGCUGGAUGCCAGAAGUAGGGGGGACAGAGGAAGGAGCAGGGGAAGGAAGAAGGACCCCGGCCACCCCAGACGCCCUGGACAGAGUCACUGUAGACUGGCUGGACAGAGUGGCGGUAGACCUCCCGGGAUGCUUGCACAGAUGUGGUGACCUGAGGCCCCAGCACCCCAGCUGUCACUCUCCUCCUAGCCCCGUCCUGGCCCUGUGGCCACAGGCUGAGUCCCAGUCAGUUAUUGGAUGGUCUUGACCUUGGCGUCUGGCCAAGAUGGAAAGGCACUUGGGACCCUCAGCUUUGUGUCUGUCUGCCUGGAAGCCCCUCUCGGGGAUGCCUGCAGGGGCUGGUGAGGCGGCCUGGGCAGAGCCACCCUCUUCUCUCUGGGUGUCUGUCUGGUGCUUCUGGCACAGAGCUGUGGCGCUGCGGGAACAGGCCGGCUUCGCAUUCUCACACGACAACACUUUAUUGAACUCUCAACAGUCAGCGGGGUCUCAGAACCAAGGGAGGGAGCCUUCUCCUGGGGAUGGAGACCCGCCUUUCCUUCAGGAGAAUGUUGAAAUCCCAAGGGGGCACGGGAGCUAGUGUGCCCCACCUUGGAGGUGUGCUGACUCCAUGCAGUGACCCCUUAAAGCCGGGUGCUGAGGACAGUGGAUCCGAGUCAGAGGGAAGUGUUGGGGUUCCGGGACAGGGUCCUGGCAUGUCUGCAUGACCUCUUCCUCUGCCCCAUGGCUGCCAUGAGACUGCUGGUGACCCAGCCUCUGGUGGCACCUGUCUCCUACUGUGGGGGUCAGUGGGCGGGGCCCACCUGCUAGCCCCUGCUCUGCCCUAACCGGGGUGAGAUGUGGUCCCCAGUGCUGCCCUAGGUCGGAGAUGUGGAUCCAUGGGGCAUGCCCAGGUCCCAGCUGGCCACACAGAGCCCUGAGAGAACUUAAACAGAUUUGGGACAGACCCCAGGGCUGGCCAGGGCCAUGGGGCCUAUGUCCCAUCAGUAUUCCUUCUGGUCCUAGGGGGACUUGUGUCGUCUCUGACCCCCCAGGACCUGGGACCACUCAGUGAGAUCGUUCUGGGUUAGGAACUUGUGCCUCCUAAGGUGGGUGCUGUCCUCUAGGAAGGCCAGUGUGACAAGGCAGGGCAUGGUGUUGGCUGCCCAGAGCCUCAGGGUCCGCACGCUCAGCAUCGUGCUCUACUCCAGAGGCCAGGAAGCAUCUAGUUUCCCUGUAUAGGUGGAAUCCAAGGGUCCUGGGAAGGUGUGGGGCCUUGGGGUUGGUGGCUCAGCGCUGGCCCAGAUGUGUCUCAGCUGUGCCAGUCCCUCCCCAGAGAGGGUCAUGAGCUGCAGAGGCCAAAGGGCAGGAAGGGUGUCCUGGGCCCUACAGCUUCAUCUGUAGUGGGCUGGGGAGACCCUGUCCCAGGAUUCCCAGGGGCAUUCUGGGGCCUGGUCUGUGGUGUGACCGCUGGGGUGGCCCAGGCAGGGGCUGAAGGGGAAGGACCCAGUGUUUCGGCUUCAUGUCUGGGACUCCCCUUCCUGCAUUCUCCUGGUGCGCUGGGAGGUUGGGGGGGGAUUCCAUCACUGUGGGAGCAGGCGGGCCAGUCAGGGGUCCUGGGCUGAGGGCAGCUGGGCCAGAACCUGACGCCGGGGCUCCCGGCCACAGGUGGGCAGCCUCGGACUCCGUGGACUUUCCCACCUGCAGUGGCUCCUUGGCCUUGAGCAUGGCCUGGCCGGGGGUGGGAGUCUCCUGGCUGCUCAGGGUGUGCGCCGGGCCUGGGGGUACCACCCCUUCACUCUGGGGAGCAUCUCAACGCCGCGAGAAGCGAAAAGAGGCCUGGGCAUUGGGGACGUUGCUCCAGGCCCAGGGGCAUUGGGAACUCUUCGGGGCCCACUGCAAAGAGGCAGACUGGGUUAGCAUCUCCAGCAGGCGUCUGUCCCCAGCUGGCUGGGCCCGCAGGGUAUACUCAUGGCUCCCUGCGUGUCCACCCUGGCCUGCCCCGACAACCACCCUCCAGGCUACUGAUGCCCAACCCCUGCAGGGAGCUGGCAGAUGUCCCGCCCUGGCCUGGGGUCCCCGAGGUUGGAGCCAGGAGUACAGAGGGACAGAGAUGACGAGGAAGGCUCUGGGACGUUGUCCACUGUGUGCUGCCCAGGAGGGAGAAUCCGGAGGGGUGGGGGCCCUGAGCCUACCUGGGGGUGGGGCAGGUCACACUUCAUCCUUCAGAGCGAAGCCACGGAGGCCUGACGGUGUCCUGACACUUCAUCCUCCAGGGCCAGGGGCUGGGCUAGCGUGUCCUGCAGGAAGUCCCGAAGACCUUUCAGAGGCAGCUUCGGGAGGGGUUCUGGGCAAUGUGUGUGAGUCCAAGCCAGCGGGGCCCCACCCUGCCGCCCCAGUCUGCCUCCCAGGGGCAGCUGCUGAGGUCCAGCUGUGCCCAGGAGCGCGGCAGGCAGAGCCGGGACAGGGGGAGGCCUCCUGCCCGCUGCUCCUCUGCAGGGAGUCCUGCCCAAGCCACCUGCCUGGCCUCCGUCCCUCCACCAAGGCCUGAAAGUUCCUCAGCACAGUGGCCCAACGCCCCUGACCCCACCCUCGUGCACGCCUGGGCUCCCGUGGGCUCACUUACUGCGGUGCACCUUGAGGAUGGUGUGUGCCAUGGUUGUGAGCUUGCACUCCCCAUCUAGCAUGUGGACAUCCCACAGCUUCAGGGUGACAGAAAAGGGGGUCUGGGAGAGCGGGACCAUGGGGAGUCCCCGCCACCCCCUGCCUCCAUCGGAGAAGGCCCCGCAACCCCUCCUGUGGGUGCCCUCCUCCCGGGGAAGAUGGGGUUCCGGACGGCUCCAGGGAAGGGCCUGGCCAGCAGGACAUGCAAACCUGGGAGGCCACAGACUCUGCCCCACCCUCGGGGGCCACACGUCCCGAGAGGCUCGAGGCUGGCCGCAGAAUGGGCUGAGGGCCUGUCCGCUCUGCAGGCUCCCCUGGCCUUCCUUGGGGAGCUAAAAAGGACACAGCUGGUCCCCUGGCACCUCCUCAGGGGUCCUCUUGGGUUCUCCAGGGUUGUUCUGGGCCAUGAACCUCGGCCUUAGGGCUGCUGGUUCGGGGCCGGCUGGUCUGGGGGGUGAGGCUGAGCUCAGGCCUCCCUGGGGGCCAGGGCCAGGGAGCAGGUGGGACUGGGUCUGCCUGGGGGCCUUGCCCAGCCGAGGAAGCACUGCAGAAACCAUUUGGGGUGUAAAGCCUCAUCUCUUCCUUGUCCUGGUGGAAGCACAGGAGGUGCUCGGGUCCCACCCAGCGGCCGCAAACCUCCCUGGGCCCGGGCCCUAGAGUUCGGUGGACACGCUCGCCUGGGCCCAGCAGGAGACGGAACAGGACACUAGGCUCUGGGCAGCAUGCGCAGGGUUCUGUGGGACCCCCAUGCCUGCCCCGGGCUGUGGGGACGGAGCCUCUGGGGAGUUUCUACUCGCGAGGUGUUUCUUGAGGUGUUUUAGUUCUUUUGCCACGAUGAGCUCGUGAUGGGCCUGGAAUUGUGCCCGUUUUGGAAAUCCUGGAAUGAAGAAGCCUGAGAAGGCCUCAGGCGCCACCCCCACCCCACCCUACCCCCCGCCAAUCAGGGCCUUGUCCCCCACCAGGUGGGGAGCGAGUCCUGGCAGGUGCCUCCUCUUCCAUGCCCUGCCUCCAGGGUGUGCCCACAGCCCUCCCGAACCCCGGCUGGUCCCGCUCUUCCCAGACAGCAAGACUGCUGUCCGGGCCUGGAUGGGGCGGGGGGUGGGGGGCAGCCGCUGGGGCAGAGGACCCUCCUUCUCGCAGAGACCCAGCUGGGUGGGUGAGGACCAGGCCUGUCUCACCCAACAACUCUUUACUGCAGGGGUUGCUGCAGGGGCAAGGGAGUUCCCAGCACCCAGGGUCAGGGCACGCGGCCCACAGGGAGGGUGAUGGGGGUGUGCAGGGCCAACUCCUGGGCUUGGGAUUCAGUCUGGGGACCCAUGCGAGUGGCAGAUGCUGCUACCUGACUUUGGCCGGCCGUGGGCUGGCGGGGGGGUCUGGGGGGCAAGCCGGCAGCCAGAUAGGAGGCUGAAGGACCCGUGGGAAUCUGAGAAUGGUCUGCCAAUGGUAGAGCCAGUGACCGUGGCUACAGAGCCCUGAAAGCUCCCUGGGGAGGCAAUGCCCUUUGCUAGUGGGGAGGCGGCCUGGUGGAGUUUCUGGCCUGCCCCGCUGCUGGAGCCGCCCUGCGGGGAGGGCGUCCUGAGCUCCCAGUCCUGUACAGCCGCCCUGCCGACUCCCUACCCUGCACGGCUUGUCUCUCCAGUGACACCCACUGAGUUAGCUCCCAAAAAGCCUCCUCCUCGGAC